CCUUAUCUACCUCUCGACUUUAGUACUACGGUGUUCAUGUGAUCAUAAGCUGGGUCUAAGAAAGCGGAAGGUCUACUUUGUGAACAUGGACCGGCCCAGUACAAGUCACCAAUCUAUACAGAAGGUGGAGAUGUUCGAAGUACGAGAACACGUACCUUACCAGGCGGAGGUGACCAGGGCACCAGCAGCAUAUGACGAAGAGAGUGGGGAACUAUAUGAGUCCUCCUGGAAGUCGGCGUGGACUGCGAUAUGCCAGCUCGUGAAUCUUUUGCAGCAUAUGCAGAUUGCUAUUGUGGUGUUUUCGGUUUGGCGGUACGCUUUGACUUCGCAGGCAGAUGGAUCGAUUACGAAUUUACAGCUGCAUAUCGUGUUUGCUGGUACAGGUUAUCAACUAUUUCUGGUAGAAUCAAUACUAACUCUUCAUAAGCAUAACACAUGGUCGGCCCAACUGAGCAUGGACAGUAAAAGAAUCGUGCACGGGUGUUUUCAAAUCCUAGGAGCGUUGUUUGUUCUCGCUGGAACAUUCCUUGGACUCUCUCAAGUAAACAUGCAGAUUAGUUCUGCACACGCAAUUUGCGGAGUCGUAGCCCUCGCUUUUACAAUGUUGAGCUUUGUGUCCGGAAUCAUCGCGUUAUUCUCUUCCAAGGUUCGUCUCCUCCUGAAAAGUAAUCCCGUGAAGAUAUUUCACGUGGCCGUUGGAAUGUUUGCAUUAAGUAUGGGCCUCAUUACUAUGAUCUUAGGGUUUAAUAGCGUGAGGUUUACUACAACUCAAGGGCCUUUGGCCACAGCCCUCAUCAUCUUUGUAGUGAUAACGUUGGUAUACACUCUGGUGCAACCCAUUGUAGACCUGAUAUCCACCACCAGAAAGACGCUAUGACUAUUCGAAGUCGACGGCUCGAGUGACGGCGAUAGUAGAGCCUAGCUUUUACAUUUUUUUAACUGUUAAAAAGGCAAAAAUAAUAAAAAAAUACUUAAUAUAAAUAGGUUAAGUUGUGUUAAGUCUAAAAUUUUUAUUCGUAACUUAACAAUGUUACAUAUAAUAAUUUAAUUUAAAACACGCGGGUUUUGUUCGAUCGUUCAUUUAUUACGAUUUGCAAAAGGUUUUUAUUUGUAACGACUUUAAAUUAUUAACAACAAUAUGUUGAUAUUCUUCAAAUUGUCGUUUUAAGGAUAUAUGUAAUCCACAGUGUCGAUAAUUAUUUAUUGUCGGCGUACAGACGUGGUACGUGUAUAUGUACGAUAAUACCGUCUUGGUGGUUGAUUACAAUUAAACAACUGUAACUAUGGUAGUUAAUAUUGUACAAUAUGCUUACCUAUUUUACUAUUGGUAACAAUAGUGAUGUAGUUUAAUUUAUUUAGAUUUACCAAGUUCAAAAUAAAUUGUGCCUGCGAAACGUAUUAUAACUUAUCGUGUUUGAUGUGUUUCUUAAAAUGUGAAUCGUUACUUGUAUUGUUAUUAAAAUAUAAUAAUAUUAAGUAGUUAAGUGAAUGUGUUGGGAAUAGUUUUUAAUAAAAUGUAUUUUUUUA